AUGGACAUCAAGUCUUAUCAGAGUCAUGCAGAGGGUUUUGUUAAACACUAUCUACUAGCCGAUCCGUUUCUUCCAUAUACUUCUGUUCUUACUGGAAUCUUUCUCUCCAAGAUGGCCUAUGAUCUUACUGAGUCGUUCAGCUCAAUUCAUAUCAAGUCAUACUCAGCUCUCACAAAAAUGAAGAGAAUUGAAUGGAACAACAGGGGAAUUUCUACACUCCAUGCGAUCUUUAUCUCAUUGAUGGCACUCUACUUUGUGUUUUUCUCUGAUUUGUUUUCUGACCAAAGAGGUCUUCAUGGCCUUAUAGUGUUUCGUAGCUCGCUUCUUUCUAGCUUUGGUCUAGGGGUAUCAGUUGGUUACUUUCUUGCUGAUCUUGGAAUGAUCAUUUGGUUAUACCCUUCUUUAGGAGGAUCAGAAUAUAUAUUGCAUCACUUCUUAUCUGGAGUAGCAGUAGCUUAUUCUUUGUUCUCCGGAGAAGCUCAGCUUUAUACAUAUAUGGUUUUAAUCUCUGAAGUGACUACACCAGAGAUCAAUCUUAGGUGGUACCUUGACAUAUCUGGUUUGAAGCGGUCUAAAGGUUAUCUUUUGAAUGGAGUUGCUAUUUUCUUGGCUUGGUUGGUGACAAGAAUAAUUUUGUUCAUCUACAUGUUUUACCAUGUCUACACACACUAUGAUCAGUGUAAUGAACUUGAUGUGGUUUGGCAAGAUAGUGAAGGGGUUGAUGAAAACUCUUCAGAAAAGAUAUGA